GUUAUCAACUCUACCGACCACAGCCAUUUCAUUUGAUUCUAUCUCUCUCUCUCUCUCUUUCUCUCUCUGUGCUUCUUUCUGUCUUCACUGGCGCUGUUUCUUUCCCAUUUUCAGAGGAAAAUCUAGUGAGCUAAACAAGCCUUCGAUUUCGAGUCUACACUCCAUAUCACGUUUCAACAACAAAUCACUCUGAAUCUGUUUAAGAAAACCUCUGCUUCUAUUAAAACCCAAGGGACACCUCUUUUUCACUCUUUUUCUGUCAUUCCAAAAUCGCAUAGAUAUUUUCAAGUUUCUCUCGGAGAUUUUUUAUAUAUUUAUUUGUCUUUAGACAUAGCAUUGGAAAUGCGGAACAGCCAGCGAUUCUUCAAGGUAUUUUGGCCGAUCGGGAAAUCGCCGGUGAUUUGAUGGAAUCGAUACUCUUUAGUGCUGUAGCUUUGGACAUUUCAUGGAGUUUAUUAUUUGCUGUAGUCUAUGUUCGGUCACUAGAUUUGAUAUUACUAAGCUCAGAUUCGCCGUCGUUGUUUUCGAGAUUGCACUGAUAUUUUUAUGCUUUCAAGCUGCUAAUGCGAACACCCAAGAGCACCCAACUCAAUGGCAAGGUCCUGAAAGAGGAGGUGGAAACAUUGUCUCACAUUCAUGCAUUCAUGAUCAGAUAAUUGAACAGAGGAGGCGACCUGGUCGCAAGGUGUACUCUGUUACCCCACAGGUUUAUGAUCAUACUGUUAUGUCAAAAUCCCUUCAUCACAAAGGGAGGGCAUUGCUUGGAAUUUCAGAAUUGCAAUUGCAGCAAAAGGAUGCAAAGCAACCUAUUAGGAUUUUUUUAAAUUAUGAUGCUGUUGGACACUCACCUGAUAGAGACUGUCGAAAAGUCGGUGACAUUGUGAAGCUUGGGGAACCUCCUGUGACUUCUCUUCCUGGCACUCCUUGCAAUCCUCAUGGUAACCCUCCAAUUUAUGGUGACUGCUGGUAUAACUGCACUUUAGAUGAUAUAUCUGGGGAGGAUAAAAGGCGCCGCCUCCACAAGGCAUUGGGGCAGACAGCUGAUUGGUUUAGGAGAGCAUUGGCUGUUGAGCCUGUGAAGGGGAACUUGCGGUUAAGUGGAUAUUCUGCUUGUGGACAAGAUGGUGGUGUGCAGCUUCCACGUGAAUAUGUUGAAGUGGGUGUUGCUGAAACAGACUUGGUUUUAUUGGUGACUACGAGACCUACCACAGGCAACACUCUUGCAUGGGCAGUGGCAUGUGAACGCGAUCAAUGGGGUCGUGCAAUUGCUGGACAUGUGAAUGUUGCUCCUCGCCAUUUGACAGCUGAGGCUGAGACAUUACUUUCAGCUACUCUAAUUCAUGAGGUUAUGCAUGUUCUUGGUUUUGAUCCCCAUGCAUUUGCCCAUUUUCGAGAUGAGAGGAAAAGAAGGCGUGGUCAGGUUACUGAACAAGUCAUGGAUGAAAAGCUUGGGCGGAUGGUAACACGUGUGGUGCUUCCGCAUGUUGUCAUGCACUCGCGACAUCAUUAUGGGGCAUUUUCUGAGAAUUUUACGGGUUUAGAACUUGAAGAUGGGGGAGGACGUGGCACAUCAGGGUCACAUUGGGAAAAAAGACUUCUGAUGAAUGAGAUUAUGACAGGAUCUGUGGAUACAAGAUCUGUAGUUUCAAAAAUGACACUGGCUUUAUUGGAGGAUAGCGGGUGGUACCAGGCUAACUAUAGCAUGGCGGACCAUCUUGAAUGGGGUCGCAACCAAGGAACUGACUUUGUUACCUCCCCUUGCAAUCUCUGGAAGGGUGCAUACCAUUGCAACACAACCCAAUUAUCAGGCUGCACAUAUAACAGGGAGGCUGAGGGUUACUGCCCUAUUUUAAGUUAUAGUGGGGACCUCCCUCAGUGGGCUCGUUACUUUCCACAACCAAAUAAAGGUGGGCAGUCCUCAUUGGCUGAUUAUUGUACUUACUUUGUGGCUUACUCUGAUGGAUCAUGUACAGACACUAACAGUGCACGAGCACCUGACAGGAUGUUGGGUGAAGUUCGAGGGAGUAGCUCCAGGUGCAUGGCAUCAUCAUUGGUACGCAAUGGCUUUGUGCGGGGUUCUGUAACCCAAGGAAAUGGUUGUUAUCAGCACAGAUGUGUAAACAACUCUCUUGAGGUUGCUGUGGAUGGUAUGUGGAAAGUGUGUCCUGAAGCUGGCGGACCAGUUCAGUUCCCUGGCUUCAAUGGUGAGCUUAUUUGCCCUGCUUACCAUGAACUCUGUAUUAUGAGUUCAAUUCCUGUACAUGGGCAAUGCCCCAGUUCAUGUAAUUUUAAUGGAGACUGUAUUGAUGGAAAGUGUCACUGUUUCCUGGGAUUUCAUGGUCAUGAUUGUAGCAGACGGUCCUGCCCUAAUAAUUGCAAUGGGCGUGGCAUGUGCCUUUCAAAUGGGGUCUGUAAAUGCAAAAAAGGUUACACUGGCAUUGACUGUUCUACUGCUGCUUGUGAUGAACAGUGCAGUCUUCAUGGUGGGGUCUGUGAUAAUGGAGUUUGCGAAUUCCGAUGCUCAGAUUAUGCGGGAUAUACUUGUCAGAAUAGCUCAACACUUCUCUCUAGCCUUUCAGUUUGCAGAAAUGUGCUGGAGAGCGAUGUGUUCAGUCAACAUUGUGCACCCAGUGAACCAAGUAUACUGCAGCAGCUAGAAGAAGUAGUUGUCAUGCCUAACUACCAUCGGUUGUUCCCUGGUGGUGCCCGGAAGUUAUUUAAUGUCUUCGGCAGCAGCUACUGUGAUACAGUUGCUAAGCGACUAGCCUGCUGGAUCUCCAUCCAAAAGUGUGACAAGGAUGGCUAUGACAGGCUUCGGGUAUGCCAUUCAGCAUGUCAGUCGUAUAAUUUAGCGUGUGGAGCAUCACUCGACUGCUCGGAUCAAACCCUCUUUAGCAGUGAAGAGGAAGGCGAGGGUCAGUGCACGGGCUCUGGAGAGAUGAAAGCAUCAUGGUUGAAUCGAAUGGGGAUUAGGUUCUUUUCAAGUAAUACUUCAUUCAAAGGGGCUUCUGUAAAGUGUAGGCAGCUGUAGUUUUCUUUUUUCUUUUUCCCAUGUUAUUAUUAUUUUUUUUCUUUAAUUUUGGCUUGUAAUUUUACAAGGGCACCAUUGUAGGAAGAGGUGGCAUGUAGUGCAAGUGUCCUAGAUGUAGGUGGUUCUCAUCCCAAAUGCUAUUUAAGAAAUUUGGAUGAGAGGCUUUCAAAGAUGAAAGCUGCAUGUAGAGAAUUGGGAAAUGUAUUCAAAGGAAAAGAACCAAAAAAAAGAAAAAAAAAAAAAAAAAAAGAAGAAAGCUUUGUUGAUGAGUGAAAGAGGUGUGGCCGAAGGCCUUUGAAGAAUGAAAAGCCUCGUCUUUUCUUGUUUCUCUA